AGUAAGUGAAAUACUGGAUCAAAGUUCAUCCGGCCGAGUUGAAAACGCGAUAGACGAGUGAUAUAUCCAACAGUUUGUCUGUGUUUACCGUCAACACUCAGACUGCGCUGAAAAAAAGAUACUGCAUUAAAUUAAUACAACACCGGAAAAGGAUACCCACGGCUUUGAGAAAUGGAACAACGAGGGGCCAGUAACGGAGGCUUUAACUACGAGUUUGAUGGUGGUGAAAAAGGCGGGCCCGAAGAAAAUAAUAGCGACGUCAAAUUCAGUGCACUGGAGGUGGACGAUCGUGGCGGGUAUUCGAAAGGCAACGAGGCGGACGUCAUGGACUUAGAGAAGUCGGCGUCGGCUGCAGGGCGGGACCGAUGGGGACGGAAGGCGGAGUUUGUGCUGGCCUGCAUCGGCUACGCCGUGGGCCUCGGCAACGUCUGGCGUUUCCCCUACCUGUGCUUCAAAAGCGGAGGAGGCGCUUUUCUGAUCCCUUACUUCAUCAUGCUGAUCCUCUGCGGCAUUCCCCUGCUGGUGCUAGAGUUUGGACUUGGCCAGUAUGUCCGCGCCGGUCCCGUCCAGGCCUUUGGCAAGAUUUGCCCCAUUUUCAAAGGCACUGGACUCGCAACCGUCAUGAUCUCCUUUGUCCUGACCACCUACUACAACGUGAUCAUCGCCUGGGCCUUGUUCUACCUGGUCGCUUCCAUGCAGAGCGAGUUGCCGUGGGAUUCCUGCAAUAACACCUGGAACACGCCCGACUGCUUCUCCCACGAAGAUUACAAGAUGCUGAACGGUAGCACCAAGCCCAACAACACCGUCUCCUCCACAGAGGAGUACUUCAACCAUCGUGUGCUGCAAAUCACGGAUUCCAUCGGCAAUGCCGGCGAGAUGCGAUGGGAGCUCCUGGGUCUUCUUUUCCUUGCCUGGGUCGUCGUCUACUUGUGCCUCUUCAAGGGGCUGAAGACAUCGGGCAAGGUGGUCUACUUCACAGCGACCUUCCCUUAUCUUGUCCUCCUGGUGCUCUUCAUCAACGGGCUGCUCCUGGAGGGGUCCGCAAAAGGCAUCAAGUACCUCUUCAUCCCAAAAUGGAAGGAGCUGUUGAACGUGAAUGUUUGGGUUGCUGCUGCAGCUCAGAAUUUCAACUCCAUCGGGAUUGCCUUUGGCUCCAUGAUUGCCUUCUCCAGUUAUAACGACUUCCACAGCAAGACAAUCCUAAGGGACACCUUCUGCAUCACCAUCACCAACAGCUUGACCAGCCUUUUUGCAGCUGUCACCAUCUUCUCUGGGAUUGGAUUCAUCUCCCACAUUCAAAACCAAGAUGUGGAUACAGUCAUCCAGCAAGGUCCUGGCCUGGUGUUUGUGGUGUAUCCUGCCAUCUUCAGCACCAUGCCCAUCUCCCAGCUCUGGUCCGUUCUCUUCUUCAUCAUGCUGUUCUGUCUUGGCAUCGACAGUCAGUUUGCCAUGGUGAAGGUCGUCAUCGCUACUUUCAUGGACGGCCUGCCUAAACUGCGCCGCUUUUACUUCAAUCGGCGUGAGGUUCUGGUGCUGUACAUCUGCAUCGUCUCCUUCCUGCUUGGAAUCCCUCACGUCACACAGGNCGGCAUGUAUGUCUUCCAGAUCCUGGACUGGUACAAUGCCAUCGUGUCUCUCUUUUUCAUCGCCAUCUUUGAGGUCACUUCUGUCGCCUGGUUUUAUGGUGCCAAGAGAUUGGCUCGCAACAUAAAGGAGAUGACUGGAUCGCCCCCGAACAUCAUCUUUGUUAUCUGUUGGGUCUUUCUCUCGCCUGCUCUCAUCCUGGUUAUCAUGGUUUUCCAGUUCAUUGACUAUAAGCCCGUCAAGUAUGGUGGUCAAGAGUUCCCCGAUUGGGCCAUUGCUAUUGGCUGGUUGGUCGCCUUUACAUCAUUCUCCUGUAUCCCGCUCGGGGCUGUCCACACCCUGCUGACGACCAAGGGGAACCUCAAAGAGCGUUUACUGCUCAGCUUCCGUUCUCCCAUCGACGAGGCAACAUACAGUCUGCAGUUCUCAGAGCCCAAGUUUGACAAAGAUGUCCCACCGUCCUAUGAAGUGGCUGUCCAGUGUGAGAAAAUGUAACUAGAAAAAGCACUGAAUCUCACAAGGUAUGAGUGUACUCGCUCCGUUUUUUUUUUUUUAGACAUUCCUGGUUAUGGAAGUUGUGACAUGUAGAAAUUUCAUCCAGGGGAUUUGGUGUGUGGUAUGACAGUUUUGAUUUACCUCUAUGAUUUUCAGGUUAUUGUUUUAUUUUGGCGGUGUUACAUAUUGUGGUGAAGAUGUUAGGGCUGCAUAAAAAGGAGUACCAUUUUUUUUCAUGUCUGAGAGGCGGA